UUUAUUGUCGUUCGUUCGUCGGUUGGCGUUCGUGCACUUUCGUUUGGAUACUAAUUUGUUUUGUUUGGUUUACGCCGGCGGGCGCGUGAAUCUCGAUAGUAAAUUACGCGGCGUUAUUUAUAUUUUCGUUCGCCUGCUGCGCGCAUAGCUUUACCAUUCGUAACCGCGAAGAGAUACUUUACAUGUGGAAUACGUUCGGUGUAUUUAUUUUUUCUGGAGUCUGUGAGGCUAGUGUUCGUUUGUCGGUGAUGGUGGUCGGUUAGUGCUCCUACGAUGUCGGAAGCGACAACGCCGACGGGCGAGGCGCCCAUGCUGGAGCUGGAUGACCGGGACGCGGAGCCCCGGACGCCGAUGAAGCGGCUCGGCUCCACGAGAAAGCUGGCUGCAUUUAAUAAUAUUCGCGUACAACUGACAGAACAGACGCGAAUACUAGAAGCAAGGGCCGAAGCGGCAGCAGGCGUCGCAGCAGAACUACACGACUACUGCCGAAGACGAGCCGAACUAGAGGCAGAAUAUUCCCGCGCACUUGACAAGUUAGUCCGAGCCGCACAUCAGAAGCAUAAGGAGCAGAAGCACAAACGCGAGCAAUGGUCGCUAACCGGUGCCUACGCCUGUUGGCAGGCUGCGCUGGACAGCACGCGCUCGCUGUCCAAAGACCAUGCGGCAUUAGCCGCGCUGUACGGAGGGCAACUGGCGUCAAGAUUGCAAAGGGCGGCUGACGACGCGCUGAGGUUACACAGGAAAUGCCGGGAUAUAGUGUUGGAGCGCCAUGAAGAAGUAGGCGCAGCCUUAGCCGACGCUGCAGCGGCGGGCAAGGCGCAAGCGGCAGCGGCCGCAGAAUGGCGCGCCGCGGCAGCCAAGCUGAGACACGCCCAUGACCAGAAGACUCGGCUGGCUGCCGCCGACCCUCCUAGAGUUAAGAAGCUGAAGGCUUUGGAUAAAGAGCUAGAGAAGCGACGCGGCCGACACAGCGAGGCGCGCGCUAAAGCCCUGCGCGCACGCGCGGACUACGUGUUGAGUCUAGAAGCCGCGAACGCGACUCUGCAGCGAUACUACCUUGACGACAUCCCCGAUAUCAUGCUUUGCAUGGAGGUCGGUUUCGAGGCCGUAGUGGGCCGCUGCGUGCGCACCGCCGCCGAGGCCGAGGCCGCCCGCGCCGCGGCCCUGUGCGCGGCCGCCGGCGCGCUGCGCGGAGCGGCCUCAGCUCUGGACUCUUUGAAGGACCGACAAAAGACGCUGGACGCUCAUGCGCCCACUUUUGCGUUGCCACGGCCACUACCUUAUCAAGGGACACCUCCUGAAGAACAAGAUCAAGAAAUGCGCGAGUUAGUAAACGGGGCAGCAGAAGAACAGGACGCAGCGGCGGCAGCAGUGGCAGCAGAGCUGGCGCAACGGUUGCAGCAACUUGAGAGCGGUGCGAGGGCUCUCAGGGCUGAAUGUAGAGAGAGCGCCAAGACUCUUGAUGCGGCUGAAGCUGAACUUGUUAAACAGAUGGAAGGCAGCCCGGCGCAGUGGGAGACGGCGCGGCUGUUCGGGCCGGACGCGCCCGCGCCGCCGCCGCCCGACGACCAGGAGGGGCCGAGGAAGGAGCAGGAGGACUACUAUCUCGCGAAGUUCCGGUCGUACGUGUCGAGCGCGGGGCGGCUGGCGCGGCUGGAGAGCAAGGCGGCGUGCAUGCGCGCGCGCCUCGUGCGCCUCGCGCCCGCGCCGCCCGCCUCGCCGCCCUCGCCGCCGCGCCGCGCCGCCGCCCGCCUGCGCCGCGGGCAGUUCGCCGCGCCGCUCGACGACCACCUGGCCGCGGCCCGGGCGGACUUGCCGAGGGUGCUGACGUCGUGCGUGCGCGUCAUAUCGAGCUACGGUCUACGGCACCAAGGCAUCUUCCGCGUGUCAGGGUCUCAAGUGGAAAUGCAAGCCUUACGCGCCGCCUUCGAGAGGGGCGAGGACCCGCUGGCACAUGUGAGAGACGCCUCCGAUAUCAACUCUGUGUGUGGCCUCCUAAAGCUAUACCUCCGUGAGCUCCGUCCACCGCUUCUACCGCCACAACUACAGGAACACCUACUACGUUUAGCCGCUUUACCGAGCGAUGCGGACUUUGUACGGCGCAUGCGUGAACUGUUAGCGACGUUGCCAGCUUCGUCUGUGCUUGUGUUGCGGUAUCUGCUGGCGUUCUUAGCACAUUUAACAGAAUACAGCGAAUACAACAUGAUGGACGCGUGGAACUUGGCCAUCUGCGUGGGUCCCACGCUGCUAGCGGCGUGGGGCGAGGGUGGGGCACAGCUAGCGGCUCAGAAUCUCGUCAACGAGCUAGUUAAGAGGACUAUCAUACACCACGCCGCCAUCUUUCCUCAGGACAUCGCGCCACAUGCGCUGUAUAAGCGACCAAGUGAAGAGAACGAGACCGUCGCGGAAGAAGGCGAGAGCGCGGCCGGCUCCGACGACGUCGACGCGGCGGAGGAGCCCGACGUCAACGACGACCUGUCGUUGUACGAUGACGACGAAGAAAACGACGACGGAACUCCAGAAGACAUACAAACAGAUUACCUUCAAUAUCUUCUAUAUAUUGACAAUGAAAUAAGCGACGACGGUGAGAACGGAGAAUGGAGAGAGCGGGACAGGGACUCAAUAGAAAGGAGGUCGGAGAGUCUGCCGCGACGACAGUCCGUGCCCGCUCCACAGGUCCGCGAGCCGUCCCCCGCCGCCCCCGCCCCUUCCACCUCUGCACAAUGCCGGAGGUUAGCGGAAGCCACACCGGACCUAGUGCUGGACUUACCAGCACGGGCGCCGACUGAGGCCAGUGCGCCGCCCGCCGACGCCGCUGAAACGUUCGCUAGCAACCGCGACACGCUCAAGAAGCGGCCCUCGCACAAACCAUCAUCAUCAGACAGCAGCACAAUCGCCCCCGACGACCCUCCCGACACCGCAGACAAGCCGGACGAGGCCGAAACCUCAACAUCGGCCUCGGCGGCCCCUGAAAGCCCAGUACCCGCACGCAACACCGCCCGCGUCGCCGCCAAAUUCGCCGACUUGACGCUGACUGGUGGCUCGCUCAAGCCGGCUUUAGCUGCUAAACCGGCUUUACUGAGGAGACCUACGCCGCAUCCGCAACAUGCGAGGCCGCAGCCACCGCCUGACGAAACCACAUAGGGUAUAAAUAGACGCCUAGGGCACGAAACGCACGCUCGACGCCAGACAUUGGCUAAAUGAUUUGGUUGUCGUAAGCUCAAAGCUUGCGUUCCGUGGCCUUCGGCUAAGAUGCCCAAGCUGGCUUUGGCGAAACCGGUGGCAAGGAGGCCUAUGCCGUACCCGCAACAUGCGAGGCCGCAGCCUGAUGAGGCCACUUAAAGCUUGACAGUUAUUGGUCUUUAGGACUCGAUUAUAAUUCGAAAUUUCUGAAUGCGAACCAAUUCUGUCAAAGAUCUAUUAGUGCCGUAGUAGUUAUAUCUGCGGGCCUGUCAUUCUAAUCACGCUUUAAUUGGAGUAAAAGUGAAAGAUGCUCGCGAUUUACGAACUUCGGUGUUCGCGGUAGGCCCUCCGGUUUCAAUCCGAUACGUACAGUCAGCAUCAACAGUCAAAAGUUUUGUAAUAACUUAACAAAAAGAGACUUAUAAUUGUAAGUGACAUGACGGUCGGUAAUAUGUAGAACAAUUUAGACUAUGACAGAUUAUUCUUCAACGCGAAAUGUAGAGAUAGAUAUACCCCUAUUUGGAAAAGUAUCCGAGGGCCGAGACUUUUGAAGCGUUUCAUAUGCUACUAUUGAUGCUAACUGUAUAAAAAUAUGUACCUUGUUACAUAGUUUGUAACGUAAUAUUUGCAUAUUUUUGCAAGAAAUUCUGGUUGGCAUAGGCACAAACAUCACACACUAUUCAGAACAAUAAUUGAGUCUUGUUUGACCAUAAUUGUUUGGUAAAAAUGGCGCGUAUAGACGAUUGCAUCUAUCGAUAUUAUCAGCUUUUUUAACGUCUACACUCUUGAAUGUACUUACAAUGUCAAUAUAUACAUGGUUGCGUGAAUGAGGAUUCAUAUUUUAGAAAUAUUUGUAUGGUAUUCAACUAGAUUGCCCUAAAAUUAAACCCUAUUGAUGCGACUAUGACUGUCAUGUACUACCUAAACCAACAUCACAAUUGUCACUUGACACUGACAAUCCGUCAAAAUGACAAGUAACAAUUGUACGAAGCAAAAAAGCAAUGCGUACUUAUUGUCAGUGAUAUUUGUCAAGUUACUAAAAUAAUUUCUCAGUUACAUAUCAAGCGAAAUGCUCAAACCUAAUAAUUGCUCAUUAAAAUGUUUUUGAGUAUUUUUUGAGAGAUGCAAUCGUCAAAAACAAAUUAGAGGCUUAAAUCUUUGGCCAAAAGGUCAUAAUGUCGUCCGACGAACGUUCUUAUGUUGCGAUGUCUUACUGCUGAGGUUCAGCUGGAUCAACAAGGCUAAAAAUGUUUCUUGGGAUAAUGUGAAAAUGGCGCACUUAUCAAAUUUUUACAUUACGACACUAAAAGAAAUUGCAAAAUUAAAACAAAAAAUUGGCUCUCCAAUUUUUGUGCGAAAGGGUGAUACAUCUUUAGAUAUUUUGAAUUUCCCGCCUUUUUGUAAUGGACGUGAUUUGUCCAGAACACAGAAGCAUUCUAGACAAAAAAGUUUUAAAUCUGACAUGAAGAAUUGAAGGCAUUUUUUACAUUUGUUGAUCCAGUAUAAAACAGCGUUUUAAUCAUAAUUAUUUUUCUAGAAUAUAUUGACAUAAUAAUUCGACUUAUACGAGUUCAGAAUGUAGUAAUAAAUGUAUUGCUAUUUUAAUAAUUAUUGUAUUGUAUGGACAAUGUUAUUAUCAAUAGUUGUCAAAUUUGUAUGGAUGGAUGUAUUUUUGUGUGCUCAUCUCAUGUACUCAAUUUCUACUAGGGUAAGUUUUAUUCGAACUAGCGGUCCCUGUCUGUAAGCUUGUGGUGAGUAAAAUGGUCAAACAUAAAUGGGAGGGGUGAAAGUAAUGGGUUCAACAAUACCCCACAUGAUAGAACGUACGUGAUCGAAAGUCUGUAGUCAUAUAAACAGCCUGUUUUACAAAAUGGAGAUCUCUUUCUUCAAAAAUGGCAGCAAAUAUACUUGACAUGUCAGUAACUCAGUUUGAGACAAAUAAUAAAUACUUUUAACUCUAAUAAAGAGUUCUCAAAUGCUCUUUAAUCAAAAGAUGAACCACAAAAUUUGACCAUUUUAACCACCCUGAAAUCGUGACCUGAGAAAUGAAACUUUUAAACUACUCGGUUAAGUGUGCAUGACAUUAUUUGUCAUUCAACUAGGCUAUUUUAUAAACUUGACAAUUGUUAUCUGACAAUACUUUGUACUACAUCCCUUGGCUUUAUCGAAAUAAAGUACGAAAGAACUUACAUAGCGAUUGUCUUUACUUGUUAAUUCAGAAAUAUACGGCGAGUCAGAUCACAAUUGUCAAGUUUCUAUAAAUUAUUGCAUUGUUUUUUUUUCUCAGAUCGCGAAUUAGUUAUUUCUCUUUCUUAUAUCCAGCCCUCGGGCUAGCCGGCCGCUGCUCGUGUAUGGGACAUUUGAUCGUAUUCAUAUGGACACAAGAUCUAUUUUAUAUAUCAUUAUUUUUAUACGCUUCUCGAAUGCGGCAGUCGAUCUUAAUAUUAGAUACGUUUUAUUUAAAUUAAGCGUUUUAUGGUGUCUAGUAUAAUAGGAAGCUGUAGAUUGAAAGCAGGAACAGUAAUAUGGUAAUACGAUAAAUAAGUAAUAUUGGGUAGCUCCUUUAAAAAUGCAUACGGCAGUGUCUUUUACUUUGGAUUUUAUUUAUUUAUGAGGAGCAAAAGUAACCAGUGAUUAAUCAAAUAAAUAUUUAAAAAUUACUGCCGUGAAUAUUUAAAAGUAAAUUUAAGCUAACUUUGCAUAGACUCUGACGUGGCAAAGUUAAGGAGUUGCGUUAAAAAUGUCAUAUUUCAAAAGUAAUUUGACAUUUAUAGUGACAAUUUCCCAUUCGGUCGCUUCAAAGUCUAUGCAGAUACAUGGUCCUAUUCUACUUAAUUUGUCCGACAAUAAUCUUCUCAAAUAAAAUUGAUUAUACUUAUUCUAAUGUUCAUUAAUCAUGUUAUGACCUAUUUCAUAGGUAUGUCACAAAGCGCACAAUUUAAAUGCUUCUAAAGAUUGAGCACCAAAAAUUUAAAAUUAGAACGCGUUUAAACAAGACCGCAACGGUCAUAUUCUAAAUUAGGCCUAUAACUAACGAUAACGGUCGACUACCUCAUUUGAGGCUAUGGUAUACACGGAGAUGGAAGUGAGGUAAUGAGGUAGUGAGGUAAGGUUGAGAGCGGCGGCCGUCGUCUGUGAUAUAUUGUAUCGAAUCUGUACCUCUGUAACCUCUACACAAUAAACCAGUAUUACCCGCGUA